AUGAAGAAGAACAGUCUGUGGCUUGGAUUUCUGGUGCAGAGAAGAAUCCAAACAGAUUUCAAAAUGCCUCCUCCAGUGGUUCCACAUGGCAUGUGCUUAAAAGUUGUAAAUGACCGCAACAUGAAGGGUGGCAUGGGCUCUGAAACAAACCCUUUGAAGUUCAUGGAUCAGGACUACAACUUUUUACAAGACUACUGUCUCAAGACAAGACAGAGAUUUGUUGAUGAGUUUUUCCCGCCAGAUGCCCGUUCUAUUGGCGAAGGGCUGCUGAAGCCAGAUGUCAUGGCCAAGGUGGAGUGGAUAAGACCAACGGUAUUGUAUCCAAAUGUAGCUGAAUUUAUUGUACAGACAGUGUCCAGGUUUGACUAUGCCCAAGGGAAUGUAGGAAACUGCUGGUUUCUUGCAUCUGUUGGGGCUCUAACAUUUCAAAACCAAUUAUUACAUAAGGUCGUUCCAGACGGACAGUCAUUCAGCCACAAUUAUACUGGUUUAUUUCACUUCAGGUUCUGGCGGUUUGGAAAAUGGUACGAUGUUGUGAUUGACGACAAACUACCAACUAUCGGCCGCCAGCUGAUUUUUGUGAAAUCAAAAACAUAUAAUGAAUUCUGGCCUGCCUUGCUGGAGAAAGCAUAUGCCAAGGUGUGUGGCUCCUACGCUGACAUGCAUACUGGUCGAGUAUCUGAGGCCCUCUUGGACUUUACCGGUGGGGUUCACAUGCACUAUGAUCUGAAAACAGCUCCUAGUGAUUUGUGGCAGAUAAUGUACCGUGCUCACCAGUCAGAGGUCCUUAUGGGUUGUGAAACUCCACCAGGGAAUGAGACACGGUUACCAAAUGGCAUAGUCCUGGGCCACGCUUACACUGUGACAAAGGUUCACCAGGUCAUGAGUGGUAGAAACCCAGUUCAGCUGGUUAGAUUGUUCAACCCAUGGGGAGACAGUGAGUGGAAUGGAGACUGGAGUGACAAUUCACCUUUGUGGAACACAGUGAGUGAUGAGGACCACAAACAACUCCUAGUGAGUGAAAAUGGAGAGUUUUGGAUGUCAAUGAAAGAUUUCCUUAGAACUUUUGACAACAUGGAUAUCUGCUGCACCUGUCCUGAUUUUCUUGAGGGGAAGUCUGCUUGUCACUGGAUUUCCAAGUACCACCAUGGCAGCUGGGUUUCUGGGAGCACAGAUGGGGGCUGCAUGAAUCAUUCAGAUACCUUCUAUAAAAACCCCCAGUUUUGGCUGAGGGUUAAUGAAAUUGAUAAGGCUUGUGAACAGGGCCAGAACAAUGUUCUGGUGUCCCUCAUACAGAAACCUGACAAGAGACACAGACGCCGCGCUGCACACCAUGGCAUCGGCUUCUACGUGUUUGCAAUUCCACCCGAGAUGAGAUCUGAGGGAAGGUUUGGAUCAAGUUUUUUCUCUAAAAGAACGCCUGUGGUAACAAGUGGGCCCUUUCAGGAUGCUAGACAGGUGAUGAAAUUCUUCCGACUGGAGCCGGGAGAGUAUCUCGUCAUACCCUCCACAUACUAUCCCAAGAAGAGCGCAGAAUUCAUCCUGUCCAUUUUCUGCAAAAAUGAGAUCCACAUUCAAAAGGACACAGAAAGAAUGGAGAAAGAUUUUCUUGUGGAUCUUUUAAACGAGUCUGAGGUCCUUUACACUGAAGAAAUGGAUGAAAGAUUGAAAACUAAAACACUGUUUCGGCAACAUUCCGAUCAAUUCAAAGUUGUUGAUGCUGAGAAGCUUCAAUGGCUUCUUCAAGAAAACCUACUUAGAGGGAAAAACAACACUGAAGGAUUUGGCCUGGAUUCCUGUAGAAGUAUAAUUGCCAUGUCAGAUUUCAGUGUCACUGGAAGACUUCGCGGACCAGAAUUCAUUCGUCUGUGGAACCGUAUUUUGACAUACAAGGAGAUCUUCUACAGCAUGGAUUCUUCCAAAGAUGGCGUUCUGUCUUUCAACGAACUGCAAAAUGCAUUGGAGAAAACAGGUCUGCAUCUAAAUGAAGAUAUCCUGAAUCUCAUGUUUGUGCGUUAUGGUGGUGCCACUGAACAGAUCUCUCUGGAGGGUUUCAUAUGUCUUGUCAUGCGUUUGAACUGCAUGGCCAGAAUAUUCCAGAGACUGUGUGAAAAUGGAAAGGUAACUCUUGAUGAGAGUGAGUGGAUAGGACUAACCAUGUACUCUUGAGGGAAUGUCUCCUUGCCGGGAGCUUUGCCAACAAAUGCAAGAAGCAGCGUGAAAAGAAAUAUUAGUUUGGUGAUCGAAAACAAUCAACAGUCUAGGCAGUCUAAACAUUUCAUUUAUAUUUGUAUUUCAAACUAAUAAACAAAUUGUGAUGGUUA